AUGCAAAGAGAUGUAAAUUUGAGGAGAUACAUUCUCCAAGUGUUUUGCUCCCCAAAUGUAGUAGUCUUUGCAUCUGAAAAAGCCAGGAAUGUCUUGGAUACUGAAUUUGGAGUAUCACUUAGUUCAUUAUUAAGGCCUCUUGGCGUGGAAUCACCUUCAAAAUUUCUAUGGCCUCCUGAUGAGACCUUUAAAAAAGGUGAACAAUAUGUAUUAGAUCAUGAUUGGCAAAACAGAUCAUGCAGAGAAAACUGCCCGACUUUUUUAUCAUUAAAAGAAGUAUUUCAAAAUAAACCAAAAGGAUCACCAAGAAUAUGGAUUCCUCAAAAUAGGAUUGAAGAGAUUACCAUUACUAUGCAAGAUAAAAAGUAUAGAAAUGAUAGUUUUGAGGUUAGAUUUGUCUCACUUUGUGAUUCUGGAGUGUCUCAAGGCAAAGAUAUUCAACCUUUAUCUUGUAUAGAUUUAGAAGCAAUCAAAUCUUAUGGUGACUUUAUUAAGCAAUUUUCAUAUAAUGAUCUAAUCUCAUCUAACCUGCUUUAUAGUGGAGGCAAGCAGUUUGAAUCGAUUUUUAAAGAAUUUCUUCAAAAUGAUUUUGAAGUCAAUGUUAAUGAUGAUAUUAUAGAAUUGAACAGUGAGUUACCUUUUUGGUUUGAAAGAUGGUUAGAAACUUAUCAUGAAAAUUAUAAUUUUUUGAAUCAUGAAAGUAUAUCCCAACCCAUAGGAGGUAUCGUAUUUGUAGAUAUAUCAGAAGAUGACCCAAUAGAAUCAAUCAUUGAAAUCACUAAUUCACUUAAAACUGGAAAAAACUUUGAAAAACUUGGAGGAAAUCCCGGAUAUUACCUUUUUGGUAAAAAAAGUAAUCCAGGAUUUAUCCGUCGUUCAAAUUACUUGCCCGAUACCAGUAAGAUCACAAAACCACAUUAUUUACAAGAAUCUUAUUUGAAUGACUUUCCAUUAAUUUAUAUAUUUAUUAAUGAUGAAAAGUCUAAUUUUGAUUUAAUGGAAACAGAUCACAACAUUAUUUCGAGUUUUAAACUUUCUUUUCCAGAGAGUAUAUGUUAUAUUUGGAAUAUUAAAGGGCAUAAUACUAAAGAAGAGAUUCAAGAUCCCAACAAAAUUGUUUGGCCUGGAACUUUUUCACAUCCUUUUAAAAGUAAAAAUGAGAAUUUUUUAGCUAAUAGAUACUUUGAUUGCAAUGAAAUGGAACAACUUAAUAGCUUUAUCAUUGAUUCUAUCAAGAAUAACUUUGUUCCUUGGUUAGAAGGUACAAUUAAUAGACUAUGUAAUCAUGUGAUUCAAUCCAGAAAAGGACUUAAAAACCACUUAAGAAUUUUAUGGAGAAGGCCUAGAAAUGAUACUAAUGCAAAUUCAGAUGGACUUCUUUCUACUUUAGGAGUUGGUUCUACAUUUAGUAAUAUGGAAGAAAGAUCUCAAAUUUUUGAACAUGAAAUCUCACUCUUUUCUUCAAAAUCUAGCUCAAAUGGAAAUGUUAAUAACAAAGGAGUUAGCACGUCCACAUGUUUAUACUAUUCUUCUGGAUCUCUUGAAGGCCAGACAAGAUUAGUUGCAGAUCUUUGUUUAAUUUCUGGAAUUUAUUCUCAAUCAAUACAUUAUUAUAAGCAGAUACUAUCGGAAUAUAAGUUGGAUAAGUCAUUUUUACAUAUUGGAUCUACAUUUUUCUCAAUGGCAGUUGCUGAGAUACUUUUAGAUUUUGAUCUUGAGACAGUAUCUGAUUAUUGUAUAAACUCUUCAAAUUCAUUUUUAAGAAACAACGAUGAGAUUGGAACUAUUUCUGCCAUUAAAUCACUACUGUUUCUCAGUUUUGUUAUUUUAAAAUCAUUUAACUUUGAGAAAAGAUCACAAGAUUGCAUUACAACUCAAGAUGUUAACUCUGUAAUGAUCAAUAAUGUUUGUAAAAGCAUUGUAAGUUCUUUAUCUAAGAUAUCUAAUGAACUUCAAGUUUCUCAACCAAGUCUUAGACCAAGAUCCCUAUUUUCAAUUAACAAGAUGGACUCUCAAGAUCACUCAAAAGACUCCGUUACCAUUCAAUAUAUAUCUGAAGAUCUAAAAAUGGUACCUGGUAAUACAAAGAACAACAGGGAGAACAGUAUUUUAAGUAUUUUUGGAGUAAUUAACUAUGUAAUUUCAAGAGUUCUGUAUCUAUCUUCAAGUUUAUCGGAUUUCAACUUUAGGACAAAAUCAAAUCCCACGAAUCUUUCUCAUUGUUGGAGUAUUUACAUUGCUCAAGCUGCUCAAGCAUUUCAAGAUCUUGGAUUUUUUGGAAUCUCCCUUAAACAAUAUUUAAUGAUCCUACUUCACAUGGAUAGAUUUGCAUAUAAGCAUAUCGAUAGAUACCUAAAGUUACAUUCUGCAAGACUUUGUCAGAAGCUCUCUUUACUUCCUCAAUCUACAUUGCUUUAUUCUAGUUUAAUAUUAGACAUAAUUAACGACAAGAUCUCAUCAAAUAAGGAAAUGUGUUCUUACUCGGAUUCUAAUGUUGAAUCCUUAUGGUUCAAAAUAAAUGAAAGCAACUCUGCAUCAUUUAUUGGUGAGCAAGAUACUGAAAUAAGUUUAAUUUGCUUUAGAGAGUUCAUCAGAUCAUUUGUAAUAUACAAGCAGGGAGGAGUUAGAUCUAAUAUUUCAGAUUUAGAACCCAGCCAAAUAUGUUCUAAUACAUUUAAUAAUUUCCAAAAUUUGUCUCCCUCCCAAGCUCCCUGUACAUUUUUAAAGAUCCCUCUCCCAGUUUUACUUCCAAUAGGUACAACACUAAUUCUUGAAACAGACCACGAUUCACUAUUUAAAGCAUUUGGAAAGAAAGAAAGCAAUACAUUAAAUCGAAUUUUAUGUACCUGUAAUGACAAAAUUUCAAAUAUAGUUGAUCAGAAAAAGUUCUGUAAUCAUGAUAAUAAAUUAAUCAAAAUAGAGGUACCGGGUACCAUUUCAAGAUCUAAAUCACAAUAUGAAAAUUUUCCAGGAUCGGGACAGGGUUUUUUCAAACCAAUAAACCCAAAAUGCUAUAAUAGCAACAGAAAUGAAGAUGAAUUUCAGAAUCUACUUGAAAAGGCAAACCGUCUUUUAGAUAAUGAAUCUUUUUUGGAAAGUUCAGAAGCUGCAGAGCUUAGAUCUCAGUAUAUUUUGAGACGAAAUAAGGAGAGCCAUAGACCAAAUAACCCAAAAACUCCUUUGGUUAAUUCAUCCCAGUUUUUAAAUUCCACCAGAUUUUCGUUUAUUGGCAAAGUUUGUAGUAUUGAAUUCUAUAUUUAUAAUCCCCUUUCAUUCCCAAUAGUUUGUGAGUCUCUCCAGGUUUGGGGUCACCUUAGACUUCAUGAUGGAUCUACUGGGAUUGCUCAUACUCUUAAGGAUACCGAGAACUUUAAUAUUGGCGAACAAUCUAAAGGAAUCAUUUUUUUUGAAAAAUCAAUCAUUUUGAAUCCUAAUGAAACCAAAAUACAAAAACUCUCUGUUAUUCCUCUAGAAGCAGGAGAACUUUUCCUUCUAGGUAUAUCAUUUCUUUUAGAUGGAAAAAUACCAAUCAGACAAAAUUUUGGCUCAACCUCUAUUAAUUUUGAUAAUCUUACAUCCAAAUUUGGACAAAUUGGAAACUUAAACUCCAAUUACUCCACAUUCAAUAAGGAACACUUUGGAAUACAAAAAAUUAAUGUUCUUGGCUACUCUAAUAAUUCUUUCAUCCAUUUUGGAGAUAUUUCACCAAAAUCAAUCAAUCCGUCUCAAGAUCAAGGUAACGAUCAGUAUCGUGAUCAUGAAAAUUUUCAUCAGGAUUUACAAGUUUUAUACUCGGGAGUACCUUACACAGUUCCUAUAAGUAUAUCAAACGAGCAAAACACAAAUACAUGUUUAUUUGACUCCACUUUGUUAGUAAUUCCAUGUUUUCCCAAUAAUUUCAACAUUCAAAUUAAAUACAAAGAUCCUCCUCCUGAUAUGAACAACUCAACUGUUAAUUUUAAUAGUUCUGGUUGCAUUUUUAGACUUCCCCAAAUUGAAUUUCAAAGGAACCAUGAAUUUUAUCUUACUUUAUGGGUCAACUCUGAAUGUUCUGGUAAUGUUUACUUUAUAUUACUCAAUUCUAAUAGGUCAUAUGAAUAUCUUGAAGGAGAUGAAACAGCUGCAGCCUCCUCCUUUUCUUUCCCAUCAUCUUCUUCCUUUUCUUCAUCCUCUAAAUCAAAAGUUAUUAGAAGUAUAGUGUUUGCCAAUUUGAAUUUCUACUUCAGAAAUUCUGUUUCAAUGUCUUGUUCAGUUUUUCCAGGAGAAGAAGAAACUUUGAGCAAACUUCUUCUUAGAAUUAAAAACCAAACACCGAAAGAAAUUACUAUUUAUGACAUCUCUGCUAAUCCAAGUAAAUGGGUUGAGAAAUAUAAGGCAGAGUUAAAGACAAAUAUUAUUCAAGAAAGACCUAUUUUGACACUAUCUCAAAAAAAUAGCCCAUCCAAAGAGUUUCUUAAUGGAAAUAAACACUACAAUAAUCAAUUGAAGAGGGUACCUCCCUCUGGUACCUUUCAGAUCUUUUUAGAUCUCGAGUCUAAAAAUAAAAACACUUUUUCAAUUUCUAAAAUCAAUCUAAUAUUAUCAUGGGUAUUUGAUCUAAGUCAUCAAACUUCAGAUAAUCCAAACCAAAUUUCUUUGGAAUACUUGGGUUUAAGUAACCUCUUUUCUGGACAAAUAUGUAUAUAUGAUAUUAAUCUUUUUGAUCCUUAUUCAAUACCUUUUAAUGGGUACAAACAUGAUGAGGAUAAAUAUCAACCAUUAUCAAUUUCAAUGAAUACCAAAGAUCUUCCUAAUUUAUCAGAAAAUUCCUCUUUAGAUGGAGAUAUCCACCUUGUUGAGACAAAUAUUACAUUAACAAAUAUUACUAUUAAUUCUACCAUUAUAUGUAGUUUAAUCUGUAACUCCAAAUUUCUAACCAGCCAAAGCUUCCAGGAUGAUCUUCUUUUACCUUCAGAAACACAGAUUAAGGGUCAAAGUAUCCAACAAGGCUCCUCUAUCAUAGCUCAAGAUGAAAAGAAACCAUAUAUAAAUCGAAAAAUUUCAUCAGCUCUGGAAUCUGGGGAGCUUAAUUGGGUUGGAUCAACAGUUACCAAUAUUAAAUUAGACCCUAGAUCAUCUAAAAAGUUAAAAUUAAUAGCUGUUAUUCCAUUUAAAGGUAUCUUUUCCACAAAUGCAAUACAAUUAGUCAUUAGAGAGAAAUACCCAUUCUUUCCAAAUUAUAUUAAACCUGGAAAAAAAGAAGAUCUCAAGAAAAACUAUACAACUACUAAUUAUUACUCAGAUAUAUUUUUUUAUAUCAGUUAUAUGGGUUGGUCACCCCAGUUAUUUAUAGAUUCAAAUAAUAACUCUAUUUCCAAACACCCCAUCAGAACUCUCCAAGAUUGUUUAGUCCAUGCAUUUUUUUACAAUAAAGGCAAAUCAGGUUUUGAUCAUAAUAGUGGAAAUAGAAACUUACUUCCAGCAUAUAUAGAGAACAAAGGAAACACCAGUAAAAAGUUUACUAUGAAUCAAUUGGAUUCAAAAUCAUCUAGUCGAGCCAGAUCUAAAGAUAAUCUAAUUGUUCAAGAACAAAACACUUUCAAUAUUAAUAAGCUUAAUAUUACAAUUCUUGAUAAAUGGCUUAAAAGUGAAGAAUUCGCUUUUAGCGAUCAAGGUAAUGUUAAAAUUGUAAAUAAUCCGAAUACACAUGGAAUUCUAAAUCUCCCUCAGAAAUAUUUGAAGAAAAGACUGAUUAUACAAAAACCCCAUCAAUCCCAUUUCCUCAUUAGAAUGUAG